AGUCACCGGAUGUCGCCUUUUAGCAUCCGGGUCGGUUCAGGGCAUCAACAUGGCGAUGUCAAUGAGGAGGACGCUGGUCGGUCUCUACAGAGGAGCUCGUUACUCCUUGAAGAAUGUGGAGUCGUCUGUGGAAGCUCGGCAUCCCCUCCCGCUCGUCCUGCCGGUCAGGACCAAGAAGAGAUACUUCAUCCCUCCGGCGGUGGGGAUGAAGGGGAAGAAGCACGAGGACCCGGAGGCCCAAGCUCGAGCGGCCGGCAUUGUUAUCCAGCAGCAGUUCAUGGAGAGACCCAUCAACAUCGCCUGCACAGCCGGGGUCUUUGACCCCUACAUCCCUCCAGAGGGCGACGCUCGCCUCUCCACUCUGUCCAAAGAAGGCCUGAAACAGAGAACUGAGCAGAUCCGACAGAGCGCCGCCUCCCAGCUGGCAAUUCGUAAAAUCAAGGAGCACGACUCGCUGUUCUCCACCAAGACGUUUGCAGAGCAGGCUCAGGAAAUCUUUAUCGAGGCUCACAGAGCUCUGACACAGUUCAACAAGGAGAAGCUCCACUCUUUGGUGACGGAGCGGUGUUACCCGGAGAUGACGCGGGGAAACCGCCACAAGACGAUCCGCUGGAGCUUCGUGGAGUCGCUGGAGCCGCCCAGAGUGGUCCACGCCCGCUGCCCCGACAUGGUGACCAAAGGAAACCUGUACGGACAGGUGACGGUGCGCGUGCACUCCAAGCAGACUCUGGCCAUCUACGACCGCUUCGGGAGGCUGAUGCUGGGCAGCGAGGAGCAGCCCAAAGACGUCCUGGAGUACCUGAUCAUCGAACGCCACCUGAUGAACCCGUACGGCCGCUGGAGGCUGCACGGGAAGAUCGUGCCGUCCUGGGCUCCAGCCAAGGACCCCGUCAUCAGGACGAUCCUCAUUCCCGGCCCUCAGCUGAAACCGUGGGAGGAAUACGACACACUUAACCAUGAAGUUCCCAAACCAGCAGCGGUGCAGUGGUACAAGUAACGCCACAGGGGGGCGCUGCUGUGUUCAGGAAAACGUGACUUUUUUCUGACCGUGUUCAAACAUGUAUGAGCUGAGGCUGCUGAAACCAAAACACUUCCUCUGCUUUUGGGAAAGAGAGACUCAAAUUCUCAUCACAGGUUUGUUUUCAAAUGAAACAUUUAAUUUGCAAAAACCUCAGAUGUACAGAAGCUGGUGUAUCUGCAAUGAUUGACGCCACCUUGACCGCUGCUCGUCUGAUUACAAAAAUAAAAAGUCCCAUCUGCA